GUUGGCUCAUUUGCAUGUCCCCGCCUCGCGCGGCGGCGGCGGCGGCGGCGGGGGCGGCGGCGAAGGUGGUGGCUGAGUCUCAGGCAUCGGCGGGGGCGACUCCGCACUCGGUGGGCUCGGGGUCAGAGAAACAUGGCUACAAGGCGAAUUGCACCGGAGACUUUUGAUGCCGUGCUACAAGAAAAAGCUAACAGAUAUCACAUGGACCCCAGUGGUGAAGCUGUAGGUGAAGCUCUCCAAUUUAAAGCUCAAGAUCUUAUAAGGACACUGCCAAGAGUCAGAGCAGAUAUGUAUGAUGACAUUCACAGUGACAGCAGAUACACUCUGGGCGGAUCUGUGGCUCACUCUCGAGAUGCUGGGAGAGAAGGCCUGAGAGGUGAUGUAUUUCCAGGACCUUCCUUCAGGUCAAACAACCCUUCUGUAAAUGAAGACAACUACUUUCGCAAAGAAUGUGGCCGGGAUCUGGAAUUUCCCCACCCUGAUUCCCGAGAUCAGGUCUUUGGCCACCGGAAAUUGGGACAUUUCCGUUCUCCAGACUGGAAAUUUACACUCCGUGGCUCUUGGGAACAAGACCUUGGCCACCCAGUUUCUCAAGAAUCGUCUUGGUCACAGGAGUAUAAUUUUGGUCCUUCUGCACUACUGGGGGACUUUGGGUCCUCCAGGCUGAUUGAGAAAGAGUGUUUGGAGAAAGAGAGUCGGGAUUAUGACGUGGACCGUCCAGGGGAGGCAGACUCUGUGCUCAGGGCCAGUGGCCAAGUCCAGGGCAGAGGCCGAGGUCUGAACAUCGUUGAUCAGGAGGGUGCCCUUCUAGGAAAGGGGGAGUCUCAGGGUCUGCUUGCAUCUAAAGGGGGGGUUGGGAAACUUGUCACACUAAGGAACGUGAGCACAAAAAAAGUACCCACUAUAAACCGUAUUACUCCCAAAACUCAGGGCACUAACCAAAUCCAGAAAACCACCCCAAGUUCUGAUGUGACCCUAGGUGCAAACCCAGGGACAGAAGAAAUCCAAUUCCCCCCUCAGAAGAUCCCUCUGGGGCUCAAUCUAAAGGACAUUCGUCUCCCAAGAAGAAAGAUGAGUUUUGACCUCAUAGAUAAGUCUGAUGUUUUUUCAAGAUUUGGGAUAGAAAUAAUCAAAUGGGCAGGAUUUCACACCAUAAAAGAUGAUGUUAAAUUUUCCCAGCUUUUCCAGACUCUCUUUGAACUUGAAACUGAAACCUGUGCUAAAAUGCUUGCCUCAUUUAAAUGCUCCUUAAAACCAGAGCACAGAGAUUUUUGCUUUUUUACUAUCAAAUUUUUAAAGCACUCUGCUUUGAAAACACCCAGAGUUGAUAAUGAGUUUUUAAACAUGCUUUUAGACAAAGGUGCUGUGAAGACCAAAAAUUGCUUUUUCGAAAUCAUAAAGCCCUUUGACAAGUACAUAAUGAGGCUUCAAGACCGGCUUCUAAAGAGUGUCACGCCCCUGCUCAUGGCCUGCAAUGCCUACGAGCUGAGUGUCAAAAUGAAGACCCUUAGUAACCCCCUGGACUUGGCCGUUGCCCUAGAGACCACCAAUUCUCUCUGCCGGAAGUCUUUAGCCCUUUUGGGACAGACGUUCUCCUUGGCCUCUUCUUUCCGGCAAGAGAAAAUCUUAGAAGCUGUCGGCCUCCAAGAUAUAGCUCCCUCUCCUGCCGCAUUUCCCAACUUUGAAGACUCCACUCUGUUUGGGAGAGAGUACAUAGACCAUCUGAAGGCCUGGCUGGUCAGCAGUGGGUGUCCACUCCAGGUCAAGAAAGCCGAACCUGCGCCAACUCAAGAUGAGAAAAUGGUUCCUCCUACCAAACCUGAAAUUCAGGCCAGAGCUCUGAGUGGUUUAAGUGAUGCUGUCCCCCAGCGAGCAGAUCACAAGGUGGUGGACAUCAUCAACCAGCUGGUCACACGUGUCGUUGGAGGCAGCCUGUCUCCUAAAGAGAGAGCUCUUCUCAAGGAGGACCCUGCUUACUGGUUUUUGUCUGAUGACAGUAGUCUGGAGUAUAACUAUUACAAGCUGAAACUGGCAGAAGCACAGCGGAUAAGCCAGACCUCGCCAGGAGUGGGUCAGAAGCCAAUGGCUACAGAGUGUGCAGUCCGGGCCAUGCUGUAUGCCCGGGCAGUCCAGAGCCUCAAGAAGAGGCUCCUCCCAGGGCGACGGCGGGGGCUGCUCCGGGCUCCAGGACUCCAGGGUUGGAAGGUGAGGAGAGCAACCACCGGGACCCAGACCCUCCUCUCCUCGGGCACCAGGCUGAAACACCACAUCCGGCAAGCUCCAGGCUCCUUGCAGGGAAAGCCGCCCCAGCCAGAUGGAAAUGAUGCUGCCAAGGACUGCCUACCAGACUCAGCUGGGCCCUCUCCUCAGGACCCGAGCUCAGAAGCUGCAGGCCCAUCCCCCAAGCCAGCAGGAGUGGACGUAUCCGAAGCCCCUCAGAGCUCCUCUCCCUGCUUGUCUCCUGACGUUGACUUGAAGACUAUGGAGACUGCAGAGAAACUGGCCAAAUUUGUUGCUCAGGUGGGACCAGAGAUUGAACAAUUCAGCAUAGAAAACAGCACCGACAACCCUGACCUAUGGUUUCUACAAGACCGAAAUAGCUCAGCUUUCAAAUUCUAUCGAAAGAAGGUAUUUGAACUGUGCCCAUCGAUUUGUUUUACAUCACCUUCGCUGAACCUCCAUGCCAGCGAGAGCGCCCUAGGGUCUGUGGAAGGGGAAGGAGAGCUUACGAAUGAGCCUCCUCACCAGGAGGUUGAGCUGGAGAGCCUAGAGGUGAUGCCUGAGGAGGAGGAGGAGGAAGAGGAGGAGGAGGAGGAGGAAGAGGAAGAGGAGGAGGAGGAAGACGAGGAAGAGGAGGAGGAGGCCCUCGCUCCUGGAGGGCCCUCCAGGGCUCCAGGAGAGGCUGCCACUUCUGAGGGUUCUGAGGGCAGUCCCCCCACUGAUGGCCUUCCAAGCGAGGCAGCCGAGGAUGGCCCUGCUGGCACGUCUGCCCUGUCACAGGCCUGCUUUCCCCGGAAGAGGGUCAGCAGCAAGUCAUUGAAGGUUGGCAUGAUUCCGGCUCCCAAGAGGCUGUGUCUCAUCCAAGAGCCCAAAGUUCACGAACCAGUUCGUAUCGCCUAUGACAGGCCUCGGGGUCGUCCUGUGUCCAAAAAGAAGGUUGAGAACUGGGAAGGUGACCAUGGCUUGAUGAAACCCAAGGACUUUGACUUCACCCAGCAAAAGCUGACCGACAAGAACCUGGGGUUCCAGAUGCUGCAGAAGAUGGGCUGGAAGGAAGGCCACGGCCUGGGCUCCUGUGGGAAGGGCAUCAGGGAGCCCGUUGGCAUGGGUACGGCCUCCGAAGGGGAGGGGUUGGGCGCCGAAGGGCAGGAGCACAAGGAAGACACGUUUGACGUCUUCCGUCAGAGGAUGAUGCAGAUGUACAGACACAAACGGGCCAACAAAUAGGUUUGGCUGAAGGAGUGAGUGCCUCACUGGCCAAGCACAGCUGCACGUGGCCUGCUUGCGGGGCCUCAGUUCAGGACUCCCAGGCUGCCACAGUGUGAGGGUGACCUGGAAGCCGGCCGCAGAGGGCCGUUUCCCUCUCUGAGGGUCUUCAGAUCCUUUUCCUUCUGAAGGGCCUUGGCCCUAUGAAUAUCCUCAUCUUUCUCCUCUCUUUUUAGUUUCCCUCCCCACCCAUAAUAUCCAACUCAGUUUUGAACAAAAUUGUUCUCUCCUUAAAUAGAUGAAAACCAUUGGUGAGAAAGAUAAGCCUUGAAGCAACAAUUAUUCUAAAAACGCCAUCUCUGCCCCGGAUCCACCUGGAGCCAGAGCCCAAGUCAGUUCGGUGUGUACAUGAAAAACAAAUGUCUCUGCAGUUUCUGGUGCAGAGAUUCUGCUGGCUUUUCUUUUUCUUAAAGAAAAAAGAAUGCACCACUUCCAAUCUGCUUUUGCCUUUCCUCUUCUUCCAACUGCUUUGGGCAGCAAGUCCUCUCCGAGUCUUUCCUGGUUCCCACAGAAGGUGGUGCUGCCCUGGCACGUUGCUCUCCAGAAGUGUUCUGUUAGCAAAUUGAUGCUGAAAUGAUUACCAAUUGUGUCUUCUUAUUGUUUCCAGAAUUUAAACGGGAUCUAAUCUGUACUCUGGCACCACAGCCUGUCGGUGGAGCACUGAAGCUCUGAACAAGUGGAGAUACUUGAUUCCAUGAAUGUGUUAUUUAUGGAGUCUCAUCUCUUAAAUGCAUCCCAAGAGACUUAACAAAAUUUAGCAACGGUAUAAUACAGCUGGAUUCAGUGAGGAGUAGGCACCUCACUGAUGAAACUUUCCCCAAAUUUUUAAUUCUCUUUAGAAUCCACAAAGAAAGCUACAGUUUGUGUUUUCUUUUUAAACCACAUAUGAAGUUGCCUCCAAAGCGGUGGGGAUAAACUCUUCCAGACUCUUCAUUUUUUGCACGUGUGGCAGCGGAAAUAAUUGUUUUGUUAGGGCCCUUUUACAGAACAGGGAGGGUCCUCUCGGGGUGGACUCCACAGCUGUUUGCUCUUUCGAGGUGUAUGAUUGCCACCCCUUCCAGCUUCUCCUUGUGCUUUGCAACUACAUGUUAAAUUCUCAGGCUGUGGUCAUCUCAACCCUUCUUCCUAAAACAGCAGUGUUGAAGUUUUACAUAUGUGCUAAAAUCUAGAUAACUUGGUUCUGAUAGUACAUGCUUGAGGAACACAGCAGUGCGUUACCUUGUGUUGGCUGCCAAGAAAUCCUUGCAUUCUCAGAGCACAGACCUCCCAGUUAUAGUCCUGCUUCUCUGGUUCUGUCUUACCUAUGUCCGUCCUGCCGCUCACCAUGGCAUCUCGCCUGCCUGGUGCGCUCUCUCUACAUGUCAGGUAUAGCCCCCAGAUCUCUGCCUGCUUCUGACCACGUCUAUUGCUUUGGCAUCCAGCACAUCUUUAUGGCCAUGGCAGUGCCGGCGGCCCUUCAGCAGAGGUGAACCAGCCUGCAAGGGUGGUGUUUUGGGAAAAGCACACCUGUGGAAGUUCAUCUUCUACUCCUCUCUUUCCUGUCCUUUCAUCAGCCUUCCAUGUUGGCUGUGGGUUGGGCCACAAGAUGAACUCUGAGAACAGGGCCUUGGUCACCCAUGGUACCUGUUGGUCACACAGUACCCAUUGGCCUGAGUGAGACGUGCAUCCCCCAGCACAUUUCUCUCCCUCUUUGAGCGUAGCUCUGAAUGUCAUAUUCGCUCUGUCCUAGUGUGUUCAUUCUUGGCUUUCUCCACUUUUAUUCACAAGUGAAAUGCUUUAGGAAUUCUCAGGAUGUGAGCCUUGUCCCCACAACCUCCUGCCACUCCUCCUCCUGGGGACAUCCCACUUUGAGCUCACACUGUGAAGCUUUGACAAGUAUUAAAGGAAACACCUACUUCUUGAGCCUGCAAAGUCUUCUGAGCACUUAAGUGCCGUUUCUCCUGUGGAGUCAACAUUGAGGCGUUGCAGGUGCCAGGAUGGAGUAUGGUGGAGUGUCCUCUGCCAGCUGCUGGCCGGGGACCGGUGCGUGCUGGCCCUCUGUGCAAUCUUGCUCUCUCGGCAAAGGAUGCUCUGCAGGGAACUUGUGAGUGUGUGUGCGGGUGUGUGGCCUUGUCAAAGUCACAGCGUCUUUUCUGUCAUUCUAGUUCCAGGGUCUCUCCCGUGAGGACAACAGGCAUCCGGAAAGGCUAACGCGCCACUUCGGGUGCUUACUGUCUCGGGCUUGUUUCCAUCACUGGAAAUCAAAUAGAGAAUUUUAGUGCUUUUGGUCCUUGGUAAAACCUAGAAGAUGUUUGUGAUGUUACAAAAUGGAAGUUUUGUUUGUGUUUUUAAUCUAAGAAGUUGUGAAUGUUAAUCACUUAGCAGUUGCAAUAAAUGUAGAGGAACCCGA